GCGGGAGUCUAAGGAAAUGGACAGUGUAACAUUCUUUCAGGAGUGGACUAAAUUUAGCUACGCUAAAGUAACCGAUCUGCAAAACUUGCUUUUUUCUCAAUGGGAUAACUUUAAAUCAAAGAUUUUCGGUUAUUAUAUGGAAAACAUAACAAAUGAGUACUGCAAGAAGCUGCUAACUCAAAUUGGCGAGACUUCCCAGAUUGGAUUAUCUUUACACAAUUUUUCUCAAUGCUGUCCUUCCAACGACGUGUCGUUUCUCGGAUCAUAUGGAGAAGAAAACAGGAAGGCAACCAUUACGGAUUGUCAGGAGAGUAAGGUCCUCAAAUUGAUCAAUCUGAACAACUACCAGACUAAAAUCAAUACGAUGAUAAACAAAUACUACAACGCAGGAAUGAAGUUGCUGGAAGGUUUGGAGGAUUCGGAUUAGUAAAGUUUUCUUCAUUCUUAGAAAGUUUUGAGAUGUGCUUCAAACUUUUCCAAGUACUGGGUCUUGAAUACCCCUUCACAGCAAGCUUGGUUGCUCUUCCAAUUUUUUUUUUAUCCUUGACACAAUCUAUGAUUCAAAAUCCUCAUCUCUGGCUUUGCUACUGAACUUUUUAAAAUCAUCUUAAUCUGUAUUAUUAUUACAGCCUAUUUCGAUUUAUCAAAAUAAAGACAAAAUGUUUAAAUAAAACCGAUUCAGUUCGUUGUGAACAGAAUAACUGUCAUCAAGUUUUUACAAACCUCUAUACCUUUGGAAUGCAUUUAGAUAGAUGUCAUAAGGUGAACAUUAUUGAACAGCAACCAACUGUGAUGGAACCGGCUUCCAUUUCUUCUGAGUUCAUUUCUAUUGAAAAUGUUGUUGAAGUCGACAAUGAAAUUAUUUCUUGCUUGGCAUCGAGCGAAUAUGAUGAUAUUGUUAGCAACAUUAGUUUUCCUGCUUCCCUUAAUAACUUGGAUGACUUAAAAACAAAAGCUCUUCUGCUAUCAAUAGAAACGUCUGACUUAAACUCGAUGCCCCGAAAACAAGUUUCUAAAUUACAAAAUAUGAUUUCAACCA